AUGGCAGAAGAAAUCACAAACACCGAAGGGUCAAAAGAUAAUAAACAGGGGAAGAAUGCCUUCACCGAAUUAAUGACCCCCAGGCCGAAGCGAGCUGCAUCCUCGCCCAUCGAGCCCAAGCCAUCUCGCCUUAAACCGUUCAAAAACCGCAACGGCCUAGACGCAUACAUCGAAGCUCCCGAAUCCUUCUCCCAAUCAACAGUAAUCUCCCACUCGGACGAUUUCGUGAUAAUAAACGACCUCUACCCCAAAUCCGCCAUUCACCUACUCCUUCUACCCCGAGACCCUACCAAAUUCUUCCAACACCCCUUCGACGCCUUCGAGGACGCGGAGUUUCUCAAAAGCGUACGGGCCGAAGCUAGCAAGGUACGGAAACAAGCUGCGUCUGAACUGCGGCGGAAAUUCGGUAGAUUCUCGGCUCUAGACCAGGCGAGGAGUGAGGCGCUUGAUGCGGAUCCGGCGCCGGACGAGCUUCCGGGGGGAAGAGACUGGGAGAAGGAGAUAAUGUGUGGGAUCCAUGCGCAUCCGUCGAUGAACCAUUUGCAUGUUCAUAUUAUUUCUGUCGAUAGAUGUGGCGCUUGUAUACGGCAUAGGAAACAUUACAAUAGCUUCUCUACGCCGUUUUUUGUUAGUAUUGAUGAUUUCCCGCUGGCGGAGGACGAUGAGCGCAGGCAUCCUGAUAGAGAAGGGUAUUUGAAGUCAGAUUUAAAAUGUUGGAGGUGUGAGCGCAAUUUUGGGAACAAGUUCACCCAGCUGAAGGCGCAUUUGGAGGAAGAAUUUGAGGACUGGAAGCGUAUCUAG